GCUGCACCAACUCUCAGCCAGACUGCGAGACAUGUGGCUGAGACUUUCUGAAAGCUACGCUCCGUUUUUAGCCAAAAACAAUUCCCGGACAGUGCGAUUCGUCAGCGUUUUAUAGCGGGAAUUUGGACGCUAAGAAUAAAUUACUUGGUGCAAACGUGCCGCAGCAGCACUCAAAGUGGUGAGCAGGACAGGCCGGGCCGACAUGACUGGAGCAGGAAGUGGUGGCCAAGGCCCUUCUGAUGGGACGGACCCUGAGGAGGCAGAGCGGUGUCCCAUCUGCUUGGGCGUUUUGGCGAGAGGCGAGCUUGCCAUGCCUGACAGCUGCUGCCACGUCUUCUGUCUGAGAUGUCUACUCACAUGGGCAGAGCUGCAGACGGCUCCCUCCUGCCCAGUGGACAGAAGACCUUUUACUACUGUUUACAGAUGGGACGGGAAUCUCAACUGUGUGCAGGUUCCAGUGAGGAAGCGAGCGACACAGCCUGAAGCUGAGAGCUGCUGCUGUAGAAACCCUGAAAAAAAAGUCUGUCUCAAGAGUAAACCUGCCAGGAGAUUAAGACGGCGAAAGGUGGAGAGGAGAACAGACGCCAAAACAAAAGGACUUGUGAGGAAAUGUAACGAUGAAGACCCGUCCUCACUGACCAGAAAGAAGGUGAGAGGAACAGAGUGCUGUGCUUGGUCUCCGUGUGUCUCACUUACGACAACAUCGACUCAGGACAUUGCAGACCCAGUUUGGAUGUCAGAGGAUGUACCGUACGACAGCAUGUUCAAACAGUGCAGAGCCCAGACACAACACUGUCCCUGGUUUUCUCCUGCUGCUCCCAUCACUGCAAACGGCACCUCAAGGCAAAGUUUCCACCCUGCUGGUUGGAGCCACAGUCCAUUUACCUCCACAUCACUGUUUAGCCCUGGCCAUUUUGUGUUUCAGGGUGUUGUCUGCGCAAUCACGUGUCCCAAAGGAGGAGAAAAGAGAGGCGGACGAGCUUCAACCUCCAAAGCUCCCACCAAAGAGCCCGAGACUCGACCAGCCAGGAGAUCUGGACGCAACAGUAAAUCACAAGAAGAGGCUCCUGCAGCAGAACCGUCACCGCCAAAGUCUCCUGCCUCAGAUUCAGACUCGUCUACUGGCCAGCCCACCAAGCAGGGCAGGGCUACACAGCCGCCAGCUAAAAGGAAGGGCAAACAGGUAACAAACCGAAAGGCUAGUGGGAAACGGAAAGCACAGACAAGGAAGAAGAAGACUCCUGAAGUCGUUAGCAGUCCGGUGGUGAGUGACGAGGAAGAAGAGAAUAACAAAGAUGAAACAGUGGAAAAGGAAGAGGAAGAAGACAAGGCUGAUAAAGAUGACAACAUGGAGAAAGAAGCAGAGGAUGAGGAAGACAAAAUGGAUAAAGAGCAAGCUGAGGAGAACAUGAAAGAAGACAAGGAAAACUCUGCUGAUGAGCAAGGAGGAGCUGAACCUCUAAGCAAUGAACUGACACAGGACAGUGAAGAAUCUCAGGGACAAAUGAAUGAACAUGAACAGAAAACAGAUGAGGAAGACAAGGAGCUUUCUUGUCCUUCAGACUCGGCUCCUAACAGCCCCUAUUCAGACCUCGAGGACAAACAGAAGGAAGAUGUGGAAGAAGCAGCGAGCCCAAUGUCUCCUGGAGAAGAGGACUCUGAUAAAAGGACUUCACCGUCACCUUCAGACUCUCCAAAUACUCCACUGGAAGAUCUGGCAUCUCCAGAGCGUGAUGAGCAGCAGGACGAGCAGGUGGAGCAGCAGGAAGACAUGGAGGUUUGUGCAGAAGCAGAAGAAAGAAACAAUGAAGACUCUGCAAAGGAAGGCAAAGCCGAAUCAGCUCAGACUUCCCCCGAACCGGCUUCACCAUCUGCUGCAGAGUCAGACGACAGCGAUGCUGUCCCAGAAACUAAUACUUCUGAGAGUGCAGAUUUAAAACCGGUUGUAUUAGAAGAGCCUCCAGUAGUUGACAGCUCGGUGGAAGAAACUAAGGUUGACAGCCCAUCCAAGGACGAUAAUCAGGAGGUCCCCAUGGACUGCAGCUCACCCAGCAGCGAGGCUGAUAACGAUGUAGCUGUGGAAAUGCCAACGGAGACCGCGUACCCUGCUCCUGAAGAACUUCCUGUUUUAACAAGCCAAGAAACCAAGGAUAAGAGCAGCAAUUACCGACCGGAGAGAGAACGAAGCCAAGAGCGGAAGAACGGCAAGCAGAGACGCUCUCGUUUCCACUCCCCAAGCUCCACCUGGUCACCUAAGAGGGACUCGAAGCAAGAACCAUCGUGGCGUUCUCGCUCUCGCUCUAGAGAACGUGACAGCAGUCCGCCAGCGAGCCACUCAUCUCGAGCUCGCAGCAGAGAAAGAGAAAAGAACCGAGACUCUGAAAGGGACUACUCUAGGAGAGAGCGCAGUCGAGAGAGAAGACGGAGGAGAUCCAGAAGUCGAUCCAGGUCUAGGUCACGGUCUCGGUCCAGGUCAAGAUCCAGAACAAGGACGUACAGACGACCAAGUCCUGAACGACCGACCUCCAGAGAACAGUCCCCACAGAGGAAGGAGCGAAGAGGCGGCUGGAGGUCUGGGCCAGGUGGCGAGGGCAGGAGGCACCACGGAGGCGCUGGGCGCUUUGAGAAUGGUGUCCCGACAGAAGGAUCUCCUGAACGCCAGGGCUGGAUGGAGAACCCCGACUGGGUCACAGAAAAGAGCCGUGAAGCUGACGGCAGGAACCGGGACUUUGGCUUCAGUGGUGGCUCACGCUGGGAAGAUAAUCGCAACAGUGGCGGGAACAGAGGAGAACCACGGGGACGUGGGGGGCGUGGAGGAUUUGAACGUGGUCGGGGGGCAGGGAGGGGGGGUGGGGGCAACCGUAGCUUUUACAAUCAGCAGGAAGAAUCAUCAGACAACCGCUGGCAGCCCAGAAACAACUUCUCAGGGACGGGCAACAAUUCAGGGAACGAUGCCUACAGCCGCUUCAAUGAAAACCGCGGCGGUGGUCGGAGGAAAGAAUCGGAGCAAGGAGAACAUAUGAUGGACAGAUCAGGCUGGUCAUCCGCAUCCAGCUGGGCUGUCAGGAGGACGCUACCCGCAGACGUUCAAGAUUAUUACUCCAAGAGAGAGAGAGGAGGAUCUGGAGGAUGGAACAGACAAGAGGAAGAGCAGCCGCCAGCUUCAGCAGCAGCAGAUCCUCCUAAAACUGACCCGCCUCCCCAGGUGGUCCCAGGUAACGCCCCUGUGCCUGUGAUGAAUGUGAUUCCACCACAGCUGAACGUUCUUCAUCAUCACUACCCGAUGCCAGGCCCCCGGGGAGCCCUGCCUGUCAGCUUACAGCCUGCUGCACCGUACGCCAUGCCUCCUCCGGUCCCUGUGCACCUCCACCCUGCUGUACCGCUGCUUCAGGUCCCCGCUGUCGGUGCUCAGGGCCUUCCACCACCUCCCCCUCCACCCCCACCCAUGCAGCAGGGCAGCCAGACAGCAGCAGCUCAGCCUGAUGGUCACAUGACACAGAUGGCGAAUACAAUGAUGGCUUAUGGGAAACCUGCUCUUCUUCCCACCCCAACCAAAGCUGGUGUUGCAUUGGUGACCCAGGGCCAUCCUCCACAGAGUCAGGUGUUACCAUCCUCUACAACUCAACCCAGCCAGCAUAACAAGGCCCAAGCUGACAGCUCCAAAAAGGAAAAGAAACAACAGAUCCAAGAGAAAGCUAUAAAUGAAGUGAAGACAGCCAUCAAACCCUUUUACCAAAGGAAGGAAAUCACAAAGGACGAGUACAAGGAGAUCGUCCGAAAGGCGGUCGAGAAGGUGUGCCACAGCAAGAGUGGGGAGGUGAACGCCAGUAAGGUAGCCAACCUGGUGAAGGCCUAUGUGGACAAAUACAAACACGCCCGCAAGAAAUGAAUGCCCUCCCCGCUGCUGGCGUAGCGUUGCCCUGACAGACCCAUUCAGCUGCACAAGUGCAAUUUCCUCUAGCUGGAAUUUGGCCUCUGAACUGAGAGGACGGAGAGCCGACUUUUUCUUUUUUUGAUAUCUACCUUUUACUGAAUGAUGAAGAUUUUUUUCUAUAGAUUUUCAUAUUUUGUUAGAAAAAAAUACUCAAUCAGAAAUUGUAAUGCAAGAGCCCUUUAUUUUGCAUAAACCAUGUGACUUGGGAACUACUGUACGUAGGGCAGGGGAGCGUGGGGUGGGUGGGACUGUUGAUAGUAAUGAAGCAGUGCUCAGUGAAUGACGACAGCUCAUGUAGUAGAGAGUCUCUCCCAGGGUGCCGGCUGGUACGAUGAAUUUCUCCUAUAUGGCAUUCUGAUCACGUAGCUUAUUGAUUAAAUGUUUCUUUUUUAAAACUAUUAUCUAAUAUUUCAGAUGGAAGCCUAGUUUAAGAAUCAGUGCAUUGCCUUUAUGAACUGUCUGGCCCAGUGAAGGUCGAUAAACUGUGAUUGUAAUAAGGGCCCUGACUGGUUAACCAAUCAGCAGUGAGUGUUUUAUGUAAAGCACAGGUCCCAGGGGGGCCGAUCGGCUGAAAUCGACCCCACCCCCUGCCUGAAUGUGUAAUAAAUGUCCAUGGAUUAACAUGAGAAGUUCCAGAGAGUAGUGAAAUAAAUUAGCUGCGUCCUGA